AUGUUUGAUCUGCCCAGUGCGAAGCGGGUCCGUCGCGACGAAGUGCGCUCCACCGAAUCGUCUCGUUCUGCAUCGCCGGUCGAUGAAUCCGACUUUCAAGAUGCCCAUGCUCGAUUGGGAAAGCUCCUGAACCUCGAUGGAUUGCUGCAAGAAGAUGGAUCAUCAAAGGGUGCGACAGAUGCCCCGCCCCCAACGUCCGAUGAGAAGGAAGACGAAGAGCAAGAGUUCGAGUUCCGACUGUUCAGUGCGCCUGCCAAACCAAAAGACUCUAUACCUUCUCGAGAGGACGCUGCAGACCAGCCCGCAAGCAAGAAGCCUACAGGGGAUGAGAAGAAAGAGCCCUCUGGGACACAGAAGCUUCGCAUCCGUCUACGGUCCCCCACUCCCGGCGCAGGAGGCUCUGAGGGACGCUUUGUAAAGUCGUUCCGCGGAUGGCAAUAUUACUUCUCUACCCCAUCACUAUAUGACCCGAAAGAAAAGAAUGUCAGCACUGAACAGUAUGAAAGUGAAAGAAGACGCCAAUUUGAAGAUAUGGCCAUCACUGGUGAACAUGUCUUGGGUCUACCCAAAAGCCAGCCAUGGCCCGGCUGCAACCUGCCAUGGCGGGUCAUUCAUUUGAAACGCCAUCAGACCAAAUUACCUCCCAAGUCUACGGACGUUCCCGUUUACGUAGUCGAGGGUGCACUGCCCUCCAAAUCGCCAAAAACUCGCAAAAAGCCCGGUAAAAAGCGGCGAGUGCAGCUCCGAAAGCGCCAGGCUGCCGCAAUAGCAGCUCAAGUGGAAGAGGCCGAAAAGCGCACCCGCAAGAAUCGUGAACGCAAGAUGAAGAGACGGCAGAAAGCGCGUGAGCAAAAAGCAGCCGCCGGUGGUGGAGACGUGGCUAUUGCGGAUGCAGACAACUCAUCGGCUGGGGAAGAUUGA